GCUGGUAUCGAACUUGCCGAUUCUUCUCUUUGCUCAGGCCAGUGACUUGCAUCCUCUGUUCUAUCCUUUCGGUCCCAUCAAGGAGGUGAAGCUCAUGGAUUCUGCUAUGCUCGGCAAUGGAACCACAACCGCUCUAGUCGAAUACGUGAAUGUCUUCGAUGCUCAGGAAGCCAAAGACGCACUUCAACGACAGUUCUAUGGGACCUCACGCCCGGAAGUCCGAUUCAUCCAAGACAAUAUAUAUCCGGUUAAUUCUACUGCUGCUGCGUAUGCCCAGUCUCCCAUGCUACCGAAAACAUCUGAUGCCGGCCUUAAUCCUUGUGCUGCUCCUUUCGUCUUUGGAUCCCGCCACUUGCCACCCUUGGCUUCUGGUCUUAGCGCCGUUGCGCACGAUUCAUUUGUCAACGACCUCAAUCUUGCCAAUAGACCGUCUUUACAUUUGCUAACUCCAGCCGAGUAGACCCUCUGCUCGCAGCUCCGAAUCUUACCCAAACCUUAUCUUGUCAUCAAGGAGACCU